CAUAACCAUAGAAAUUGCACAAUAUUCAAAGAGGGUGUGGACUUCAAUUUCUGAAAGCCAAAAUGGCCAUCUCUAAUACUACUACUCAAUUAAUGGAAGACACAGUCGAUGGAUCCGUUGACUACAAAGGCCGGCCAGUCCUUCGAUCAAGCUCUGGCCGAUGGAGAUCAGCUUCUUUCAUCAUAGCUGUGGAAGUGGCGGAGAGGUUUGCAUAUUAUGGGAUAUCUUCCAACCUUAUAACGUACCUAACGGAUUCUCUUGGCCAGUCCACUGCAACUGCGGCUGAGAAUGUGAACACUUGGUCAGGCACCGCUACUCUUCUGCCGCUUUUAGGAGCCGUUGUGGCGGAUUCUUUUCUUGGCCGCUACCGUACAAUUAUUGCUGCGUCUGUCGUCUACAUCUUGGGACUAGGCUUAUUGACUCUAUCAGCCGCCCUAAUUUCUGUUGACGCUUCUGAUUUUGAGGACACCAAAAAUGGCACAUCAUCUUCUCCUCCUUGGUUUCAAGUAAUCUUGUUCUUCUUUUCUCUAUAUCUAGUAGCUGUUGGGCAAGGUGGCCACAAACCUUGUGUUCAGGCCUUUGGAGCUGAUCAAUUUGAUGGACAAGAUCCAAAGGAAAGUAUAGCAAAGAGCUCAUUUUUCAAUUGGUGGACUUUUAGCUUAUCUGUAGGCAUUGUGGUAUCACUUGUAGUUGUAGUUUACAUCCAAGAUAACCUUAAUUGGGUUCUUGGAUUCGGAAUCCCCUGCAUUGUGAUGUUAGCUGCACUAGUUGUUUUCUUGCUUGGAAGUACAACUUACAGAUACAGCAUCAAGGGAAAUGAGAGAAACCCAUUUGUAAGAAUUGGUAGUGUAAUUUUUAGAGCAGCUAGGAAUUGGAGAAGUAAUCCUUCAGGCAUUGCUGCAGAGGAGGAAGCUUACUUGUGUGAUCAAAGUUCUGAGCAAAUCAAGUUCCUCAACAAAAAGCUGCUAGAGCCUAAUGGUUUAAUGGAAGAUCAAGAGGUGUGCAAUGUGAGGGAUAUGGAAGAAGCCAAGGCAUUGUUGAGGCUUAUUCCAAUAUGGGUUACAAACUUGACUUAUGCAAUUGUGUAUGCACAAGCCUCAACUUUAUUCACAAAGCAAGGAUUUACAAUGGAUAGAACAAUCUUCCCAGGGUUUCAAAUUCCAGCUGCUUCACUUCAAACUUUUAUCGCCUUAACCAUUGUUCUCUUUGUUCCAAUAUAUGACCGUAUUUUUGUUCCUCUGGCAAGAUCUUUAACCGGGAAUCCCUCCGGCAUUUCAAAGCUUCAAAGAAUUGGAAUCGGAAUGUUUGUGUCUGUUCUUUCUAUGGUAAUUGCAGCUUUAGUUGAGAAGAAAAGACUUGAAACUGCUAAAGAAUAUGAUUUGCUUGAUCUGCCAAAUGCAACAAUUCCAAUGUCAUUUUGGUGGCUAGUUCCUCAGUACUUGCUCUUUGGUGUUGCUGAAGUGUUCAUCCUAAUUGGGCUUCAAGAAUUUUUCUAUGAUCAAGUUCCAAAAGAUUUAAGAAGUGUGGGUCUCUCACUCUACCUUAGUGUGAUAGGUGUUGGGAGCUUUCUAAGCAGCUUUAUUGUGUCUGUUGUUGACAAAGCAACAGAUAGAGAUGGCAAAGAGAGCUGGUUCUGUAACAAUCUUAACAGAGCACAUCUUGAUUAUUUCUAUUGGCUACUUGCAGCGGUUAGUGCAGCAGGAUUCAUUUUGUACUUGAAUUUUGCUAGAUCAUACAUUUAUAGGAAUGCAACUUGAAAUUAGAUGUGUUCAUAUAACAUUGCUACUGUUAUUGAAAACCAUAAUUAAGCUAUUUGAUGAUAUAUAUUUUAAUUUCAACUCAA